AUGGAAGCUGCAUCUGCUAUUGUAUUUGAUAGAAUACUGGAUAUUCAAAAUCCAAACAGCAAGAUCAUGGCUUCAGAGGUCAAGGUUGAGCUCAUUCACAAGGAAACAAUUAAACCGUCUUCUCCAACUCCUAGCCAUCUUAAAACCACCAACCUCAGUGUUUUUUAUCAGCUCAGUACUGAAAUUUAUCCCCCAGUACUUCUCUUCUAUCCUCCCUGCAGCAAUAGUACCAGUACCACUGAAAGAUCCAGUAUUCUAAAAACAUCAUUAUCUAAAACCCUCACUCACUUCUAUCCCUUUGCAGGAAAAUUCCAAUAUAAUGAUUGUAUCCUUUGUGAUGACCGUGGGGCUAGAUUUACAGAAGCACGAGUGAACUGUCCCAUAUCGAAGGUUUUGUACAAACCAGAUUUUGGGAUACUAUGCCGGUUGCUUCCUGCUGAUAUAACAUCCGCGCAAGCAGUGACAGACCAUCUUCUUCUUGUCCAGGCCAACUUCUUUGAUUGUGGUGGAUUAGCAAUUGGAAUCUACCUUUCACAUAAGGUUGCCGAUGCUUCUACAUUGAGCGCAUUCAUUAAAACCUGGGCUGCAGCUGCCCUUGACUUGGCCAGUACUACUAGUGACCAUCGUGAAGUACUUUCUGUGGAAGUUGGCUUUGCAGCCUCUCUCUUCCCACCACUAGAAUUCCUAAACACGCCGCACAGGGUUAUGGAAUAUGCUAUAGAAAAUUGUCGAACACGGAGCUUCGUGUUUCAUAACUCAAAGAUUGCCGCUCUCAAGUCCAAAGCUGGCAGCCCCGCCGUGCCUAAUCCCACGCGCGUCGAAGUAGUGUCGGCGCUCAUUUGGAAAUGUGCAAUGGAAGCAUCCAGAUCAAAUUUGGGUUUUGUAAGGCCCUCGACGUGGUGUCAGCCGGUGAAUUUGCGGAAAAUACUGGGGUGGGCAUCUUUAGAACACUCAUUGGGAAAUCUUGUGGGGUUAUCGAUUGCAAAGACCGAAGAAAAUGAAGUAGACGAUUUGCAAAGCUUGGUUGCUAAAUUGAGAAAAGGCACUAAGGAAUUUAAAGUGAAGUAUGGUAAUGGAAUAACUGGGGACGAUGCAUGUGAAAUGUUCAAGGAGUUGGGAAACUUCAUAAAAAGGGAUGAUAUAGACAACUAUUGUGGCAGCAGUUUAUGCCGGUUUCCGUUUUACGACACGAAUUUUGGACGGGGAAAGCCGUCAUGGAUAUUCACCGCCACAGGUGAAUUCAAGAAUCUUGUUUUGUUGAUGGAUACAAGCGAUGCUGAGGGCAUCGAAGCUUUCUUGACUUUCAAGGAAGAAGACAUGGCCAUAAUUGAGAAAAACGAGGAGCUGCUCGCUUAUGCUUCUUAA